AUGCCGCGGCGCACCGUGUUCCGCACCCUCACAUACCUAUCGUCGUCGGAUAUGCUGCGCCUCCUCUGUGCAGACCCGCGGCUCCGCCCCUUUGUCAAUGCACAGCAUUUCGCGCCGUGGAGAAAGCGGUGUGCGAGGCUCUACGCUGCAGAGGCUGCGUAUGCACGCGCCAUCAUGCACGAGGACGUAGCUGAGCGCGAGGAGCAGGCGUUUGUAGAAGCGUACCAAGCGUCGCUCCUCGCGCUCGGCGUCGCACACGCGCCAACGCAGACACACGAACUCAUUAGCGCCGCGGUGCUUGCGCCUGGAAUGCCCGACGCGAGCGCAGCGCAAGAGUUUCUUGUGCCGUGGAUCCUCGGGCGCGUCGCGGCGCACGACGCAUUCCGCCUGCUGGACUGCGCCGACGCCGUCGAGCUGCUCAGUCUUGCACGUGUAUUUCUCGCCGUCGUGCGCAUCACGCGCGCAAGCGACUCCAGGGGAGGACCGAGCAGGCAGUAUCACCAGAUGCUGCACGUCCUCGACGCCGACUGCGCCCACGCCCUUGCCGCUUUUUUCGCGCCGCCGCCGAUGGAAGCGCGCCCGGCACAGCUCACCGCGGAACAGCAGCGCUUUGUGGAUUAUUCUGUGCAGAAAACCGAUUUGGUGUGUGUGCAGGCAUUUGCAGGGACGGGAAAAACACGUUCGUUGCUCGCGUACGCGCGCGAGCGGCCCAUGCAGCGGUUCCUGUACAUUACAUUCAACGCCGCCACCGCACGCUCCGCACGCGCGCAGUUUCCGCCCAAUGUAGACUGCCGGACGAUGCACGCAGUCGCGCUCCGCCACGUCACGCUGCCAGAGGGCCAGGUCCUUGGCGCGCUGCGCCCCCGCGACGUCGUGCGCCUCUUGCGCAACGCACUCCCCGACGGCAAAAGCACCAAGGAUGGCGCGCAGCGCAACGAAAAACUCGCGCCGACGUCUGUUGCCAUGUACGUCCUGCGCACCCUCGACAAGUACAUGCAGUCGACCGACGCGGCGAUCCGCGCCGACGUGCACGUCCCAAAGCACAUGACGCGCACCACGGAUUUGCGCCCGAGCGCGGUUGCAGAGAGCGUUAAAGAGCUGUGGAACGCCAUUUGUGCGGGACGCACUGCAGACGGGCGUGCCGUGCCGUGCCCACACGAUGCAUACGUCAAGCUUCUGCACCUGCGCGGCGCAGCGAUGACCGCGUUUCAAGAGUACCAUGUGCUGCUGCUCGACGAGGCGCAGGAUCUGUCCGCGUGCCAAAGUGCCAUUUUGCUGCGCGCGCGCGGACACUGCGGCAUCAUUGUCGUCGGCGAUGUCCACCAGAAGAUCUAUGGGUUUCGGGGAGGCAGCGCCGCCGCAUUCCACGCCAAACGCUACCCGCCGAGCAUGCAGUUUGCGCUCACCAAGAGCUUCCGCUUCGGGCCGCAGGUCGCGCAGGUUGCGUCGAGCAUUCUGGGGCUCAAGGCGCCCCCGCCCUGGCACACGGGCGAGUGGACGCGGCCGCACCUCUCCGGGACGGGCACAGACGCUGUCUUGCGCGCGUGGAACGGCGCGCCGCGCGUCCAUGCCCAAGUGCCGCCGCGCAAGAAGCGCAAGUGUGUGCCGGACGUUGGCCUGGUGCGGCAUACGCGCAUAUACCGCACCAAUGCACUGCUCGCGCAGGACGCACUGCACUGCGCCACACAGCCACGCCCGCCCACGCUGUACAUGAAAACGAGCCAGAGAAUGCAGGACGCGGCUUUGCUUACUUUAUUCCGCGACGCACACACACUCUACCACGGCCUCGGUCCGCUCCCGCGCUCCUCGCCGCUGCGCGAAUUUUUUGCGUGGAAAGAGCUCGUCGAGCACGUCGAGGCAGACGAUGGCGGCGGCGAUAGCAAGCUCUCGCUUGUCGUCUCCCUCGCGCCGCAGCUCGCAUCGCCCGACUUUCUCGGACGUGUGCGCCAGUUAGAACAGUGCUUUAGUGCGUCGGAAGACGCGGCAGAUGUGGUGAUGACCACCGUGCACCAGGCAAAGGGACUCGAGUGGGAUACGGUCGUCGUUGCCAACGAUUUUUCCCCCGUGUGGGAGGCGUGUGCGCCGACGCUGCAGCCGCAAGUGGCCACGUUUCUCGCGCAGGACGAGCUGAAUCACAUGUACGUGGCCUUGACGCGGGCGCGGCACACUUUGGUCAUUCCGCACGGCGUGCAGCUGUGGCUCGCAGCCCUCGACGGCCUUUUCCGCUUCCGUUUCGCGCCUAAGCAUGCGCGGAAUGUAUGCCCGCUGUGCAACGCGCAGCGCACUGCUCUCUUGCAACGGUGCAGCUCGCGGAUGCCGUUCCGUGUGAUGAGCACGCCCGUGCCGUGCCCGCCGGGCGAGUUUGACGCAUUUGUCGAGGCGCUGGGGUGCCUCGCAUGCCUCCGGCCGCGCCUCGAUGCCGACCCCGACUUGGAGGAUUUCGUGCGCUGGAUCGACGGCUCGGGUGUCAGCACAGCGUCCGGCAAGUUGAGCGCCGCUGCAAAGCUGCGCACUACGCGCAAAGCUGCGCGCACGCGCGAGGUAGAGUCGCGGCGUGCGGCGCGGUUUGCAAAGCUGCCGUUUGUCGCGUCGGAAAAUCGGCGCACACUGUACCGGUCGAUGCUGGAAGAAAAGAAAUUGGCCGUCGUGCAAUGGUUCGCCGCGGAACGCGCUUGGAUUCGCGAGGCGCGCGCGGACGGCGAUCAGGACAUGGAGGGGCCUGCCGUAUACCAGCCGAUGGCAACGCUAUAG